AUGGCCGAAACGGCUCCCACCGCUCCCGUCCCCUCGGCCCCCGCGGAGAAGACGCCCACCAAGAAGAGGGCGAAGAAGCCGGCGGGCGGAGCCAAGCGCAAGGCCGCGGGUCCCUCGGUGUCCGAGCUGAUCACCAAGGCGGUGGCGGCGUCCAAGGAGCGCAACGGGGUGUCCCUGGCCGCGCUGAAGAAGGCGCUGGCCGCCGCCGGCUACGACGUGGAGAAGAACAACAGCCGCAUCAAGCUGGGGCUCAAGAGCCUGGUCGCCAAGGGCACCUUGGUGCAGACCAAAGGCACCGGCGCCUCGGGCUCUUUCAAGAUCAACAAGAAGGCGGCCGGCUCCGAGGGCAAGGCCAAGCCCAAAGCCAAGAAACCGGCGGCCGCGGCUAAGCCCAAGAAAUCGGCCGGGGCCGCCAAGAAGCCCAAGAAGCCUGCGGCCUCCGGGGCCAAAAGGAGCGUGAAAAAGACCCCGAAGAAAGCCAAGAAACCUGCAGCGGCGGCGGCGACCAAAAAGGCGACCAAGAGUCCGAGAAAAACCAAAACGGCGAAGCCCAAGAGAGCGGCCAAGAGCCCGGCCAGAGCAAAGGCGGUGAAGCCCAAAGCGGCUAAGCCCAAGGCCGCAAAACCCAAAUCGGCCAAGCCCAAGAAGGCGACGACCUCCAAAAAGAAGUAGAAAGGUCCGUCGAGAACUUUCUCUCGAACACCAAAGGCUCUUUUCAGAGCCACCCAAAAAUCUCAGAAAAGGAGCCAAUGAUACUGAUCCAUUGCCAAUCAGCUUCAGUAACGAUGAGUAAUUGUAAUUGUGGAAAAAGGCCUACGAAUAGAGAAUUUAGCAGGGUGUAACAGGAGGAAGGCAGGUUUUUGGAUGGGAAAUGAUGGGUAGUUAUGACAUUUUGUGGUUUCGUGAGGAGCAGAAAUGCAGGAAUCCCUUAUCCCACAUGAAAGACCGAUAUCAAACUAACUUUUAGAUAGGGGAAAUAGUAGAGUA